GCAACAGCAAGACAACCCAUAAUAAGGGAACGGUUUUGCAGGUGGCCACAGACAAUAAUUUUUUCCAUAUCCUUUCUAACUGAUUCUUCUCUAGUUUUGCAUUUUGCUAGUUUUCUUGUACCUACUGGUAGCAUAAGGCAGUACCUGCAGCCCCCUGCAGACGGCUGUGUCUUCCACCACAGUCUAAGAGCAUGGAGGAGAUACCAGGACACAGGCCGUUACACAAGGAGAGCUGGACAGGGUCGUAGAAGGGCAUCGACCCUGCAGCAGUACCAGUAUCGGCUCCUUUGUGCGAAAACUGCCAGAGCCCAACAAAAUGACCACCAGUGGGAUACUGGUGUGCAUUUUUUGACAAACUGCUGGAAAGAGAUUCAAUGAGAGCGGAGAAUCUAGUGGGACCUGUGCUCACAGCCAGGCACCGUGCAGCUUGACUGGCAUUCACCAGAGAACACCAGAACUGGCACGUCCAAUGGAUAGAUGAUGUACUCAGGUAUGUUUACCCACAGUGUCAAACCUGCUCUUACAUCUAAGCAAGCAAAAGAGCUGUUUGGAUUGUUGGGAUACCAGCCUUCAGGUCCUGGUGAGGAAGAGGAGCUAAGACUAUGCUCUAAACCAGUUAAUGCUGAUGUUCUUCUCCAGCUGGCAUGUGCCUUUUUUACUGCUCGUAUAGAGUGCCAGCUGCUGCUUUCUGCAGUGGUUACUUUGGGUGGCACAAUUAAGUCCGAACUCCAGCUCAUUCAGGAUAGGAAGGGCGGCCACAGCCUUCACGUAGCACUGGAUAAUGCAUUCAAAAUGUUAGAGGCUGUGCCAGUUAGUUCUAAUAAUAAUUUGACAGAUGUAGAUGCACCUGAUAUAUACACAGAUGACAGUUUAGCUUCACCACCUAGCUUGCCUUACAUUCCACCAAAAGAGUCUGCCUUGUCAUUUAGCAUGUCCCACAGUAACACGUCCCAGGCGAAAAGAGAGAAGAAUGAAAACACUUCCCAGGCUGUUUGCUUCUCGACGGCGGCGGCCUGUGAUCAAAUUUCAAAGCUCUCAUUAACACAGCAGAGCAAAUUUGAAAAUGAAAAACAAAUUCCAGCAGCAGGGGCUGUUUCAUCAAAAGGUAGACAUGUGUGUAAUUGUUUACAGUCAUCUAGCUCAUGUCCUGGUCAGUGUAUCCAGUGUGAAGAAAUUCAUGAUGAGUCCUGUCCUUGUUUUAAACAUUGCCAAAAGCAAGGACAUGAUGUUAGGCUAAAGUGCCAGCUGAGGACAGCAGAGGACCAACCACAGGGCCAAGAAAAAACAUCAAAAAAUAGUUUGAAGCAGCACCGCUGUAUGAAGAGCCCCACAAAUGACUUCUUCUUGGUAUGCCAUGAUUGCCAUUAUAUCCAUGAUUUCAAAUGCAAUGAAUUCUUAAAGUGUGAAAGUCAAGGACAUAAUAUCCAGCCUACAGGAAAACUUCAGCUGCCUCAAGAAGAAAAGACUGCAGCACCAGAAAGACACGCAUGUCUUAAGGAAGAUGAUAAAUACUAUGUAAUCUGCAGUACCUGUAACAAAUACCAUAACUGCCUUUGUACAGAAAAUGAGCGAUGCCAAAAUUCUGGUCAUGAUGUGAAAUACCUGAUAGAAUCAAACCAACAAGGAACCACGGCUCCAUCCAUGCCUGUUUCUGAUCAUGAUUGCAGUACAGGAAAACUUCAGCUGCCCCCGCAAGACAAAAUGACAGAAGCACCAGAAAGACAUUGGUGUCUUGGGGUAGAUGAUAAAUACUAUGUUAUCUGCAAUACCUGUAACAAAUACCAUGACCACCUGUGUCCGGAAAAGGAGAGUUGCCAAAAGUCUGGUCAUGAUUUAGAAUACCCGAAAGAACCAAACAAACAAGAGACCCAGGCUUUAUCCAUGCUUGUGCAUUAUCACGAGUGCUGCUCUUCCAGGCAGCCUGAUUUGUUUUGCCUUGCUUGCAGAAUAGUUCAUUCCUCUAACUGCAGUGAUAGUCUGUGCAAAGGGCAUGAAAUGAAGUUCCUUAAACCAAUGUGCACAGAAUGCUUAAAUCAUGAGUUUUGCACUUUAUGCGGGUACUGCUUCAAACAAUAUUGUAAAAAUUGUUGGUUUAAAAACCCCAUGCAGUGCAAAUGUGGCAAGCCGCUUUCUAUGUCCACCAAUGUUUAAACUAACAACUCUUGUAUUAUUUAGCUUGUUUUAAAUGUAUAUUCAUUUGUGCAUUUAUUCCCUUUAUUUAUUCCCAUUCACAUGAUAGACAGCAAACCACUUUUGCACUGGCUGUGGCAUUAUUUCCUAUGAAGAGGCACAGUACUGCUUUUCUUGCCAUUGUGCUGUUUUGUGAUUUGAUGCUUGGACUUUUACCUCCUGCUGCUAAGCUCAAAGUUAAGUCAAAGUCAAAUAUUCUGCUGUCCCUUGCUGAUCAAAGUACUGCCGGUGAGACAAAUUUAUUAUAUGACGUAGUCAGGAGUGAAAUGCAGACAUGGCAGGAAGAAACUGAUUUUCACAAAACCUUGAAAUGUUGUAUUACAGUUUAAACUAGAACCAUGGGAUUGUGAGAAAUAUACAACAUAGCGACUAGUGAGCUAUAAAAUAGAGAAACCAGGUUUGCACUAUGUAUAGCAAUCCUAUGUUUACUAAUCCUGGAAUUGCUUAUUGUUGCUCCAUAGCUGUUUUUUAAGAUUUUAUUAAAAAUAUGAUUAAAUAAGGCCCCUUCAACCAGCCAGUACAAAUGAGGAAUCCUUUCAGCCUUCUUACCUUCAGACAUAGCCAAUCAUGUCUGCUAGCACCUGGCCGGGCAAUAGCAGAGCUGAGAUUCAAACCUGAGCGCUCAAGAUCUCAUUGCUUCUUGUUUUGAAAAAAAAAUAUAUAUAUAUAUUGAAAAUGCAUUCUUUUUUCCAGUUUCCACACAAUAGCAGACAUAAUUACUAAAUGGCCAAAAAGUAUGUGAACACAUGACCAUGAGCGUGGUGGACGGAUUAACAUUCACAAAGGCUUAUGUAAUAACUGCCAUAAUAAGCCUGUAGUUUAUUUUGCUUCUAAAUGACUUUUUAAUGAAUGUAGUUAAUUUACAAUAGUUAAAAAAAUAUAUAUAUAUAUUAUUUACACCGCUUACAUUUGUUUCUAUAUGGUUAAUUUAAUAAUUGUAUGUAUAUAUUAUGUAAUCACUUUAUGUAUUAUGCUUCCAGUUUUUUGUUUUUUUUACUUUGUACAGUACUAUAGUAUUAUACUGUAGCAUUUAUCAGUAAGCAUAAACAAAUAAAUAGAUAUGGAGAAAAGGGUUAAAUAAGAUUAAACAACUGGCUCAUUUAAGCACCUUACCUCUUUAGGUUUUUUAUUCAUUUUUUUAACAAAAACAGUAUUGAGUUAUUUUGGCUGUAUGUUUAAGGUCCUCUUGUUGAAUUGUUCAUCUGUUUUCCAGAUUCCGUUUCUUGGCCAGUGAGAUUUAGUUUUAUUUAAUAUGUCUCAGUGUGUCACUUUAAUCAUGUUUCCUUUGAUAACAUGUUAUGCCCCACCCAAAACUAUUUGCAGAAAAAGCUGCCCCAUAUCAUCAUGCCCCCACCUCCUUACUUCAACUUGGGUUUGGUGUUUUCUGAAUCAAGCACUUAACUCUUGUUUCUCCAAACAUGAGGUGUAAUUUGCACAUAAAUAAUAUCUGGAAUGUGUUUUAUUUUUUUGUAACAUACAUUAAUAUUUUUAAUAGUGUCUAAAUGCUUUUUUCAUAUUCAUAUUCUUUGAUAGAUGUAAAUUGGAUUUAUGCAUUGGAACUAUAUUAAAUAACAAAAACAGCAGAAUAAUUGUUGUCACUCACUGUAAAUCUUGGAGUGCCCUAAAGGUGCUUGAAAAAUGUAUUAAAAUUAUCAAAC